AAACAAGAAAUAAAGGAAUUGUAAUUUAUUCUGCCACUUGAGGGCAACAGAGAAAAGCGCGUUCCCUUUCUGUCGCUGUGGAAACGACACGAGCGCUGAAAGUUUGUCGACAGUGCGGCUGAAAAGAUGAGUUUGAAUUUGGAGGCUUACUUCGGGUCAGUUUUCGAAGAACGACUCAAAUUAAAUAAGUUCGCGCAGAAGGAUUUGGCGGAUUCGAGUACAAGCGUAAUGAAACUCGUGGAGGCGCGCGACGAGUGCGCGAGUCUGACCAGGGCACUGGAAUCUCAGAAAGAGGAGAUGCAGAUUAAGCAGGGGAAUUUAAGAGAGAGAGACGAAAAUAUUAAGAAAGAAGAGGAGAAACUGAAGAAAUCCGUGCUGAAAUAUAACAAGUUUUUGCAAGAAAAUGAUGCCAGACGGUUGCGUGCCUUAAAGAAAGCUGAAGCGGAGCGAGCUCAAAUCAGACUGAAAGAACUGGAGAUUCAGAAGCUACAGACAGAGAACGACAAGCUGCUGGCACGAAAAGAGAAUCUGGAGGAUCGUGUCAGAAAAGCCAUAUGCUACCAAGAGUUCCUGGAGAGAGCCACAAAAAUGUCCGGAAAGUUUGAGACCAUUGGUCAAGUCAUUGACCGUCUUCACACACUCCAGUCCAUCAACAAGGAACUCCUAGAAAGCCAAACUAGGUUAGAGAAGGAGAGAGAGAGCACAAAGCUCAAACUAAUACAAUACAUAAAUAAACAGCGAACUGUUCUCCUGCACUGUAACAACCAACUGCACCAGCAACAGACGCAGCUAGACAACAUACGCCUAGAAGCAUACAAAUGGGAAUUAAAACUAAAGCACUUCCAUUCCACUGCAGCAAAAGAGACGCUCGAGUUUGCUCAACUAAAGGCCACAAUCUGUAACAUUUGUCAGAUGAUCACACAUUACAGGAAAGUCUCUGUGGACACUGAGGACACCUUCAAGCAGCUGGAAAUGAUUCAGAAAUAUUUUCAGCUCAUGAGAGCUAUAGAUGAUGAACUGAAGUUCAACAUUAUAACAAGGUCGAAUCGAACUGAAGGGAAUGACAGCGAUGGAGAUUAAGACCCAAGCUCUGUGUACCCACAGUACAUCCACUGAAUAUGGACAGAUGCAUCUAAGCUAAAUAAAAAUCAUCACCUGGCCACCCAUCAGGAUUGUGCACUGUGGUGAGAGGGACAGCAGGAAUAUUGCCUAGGAACACGGAGAUUAAAAGGAUGUUUAACCUAAACAAAAAGGGAAUGUGUACACUUGAAUGCUUUAUGAGUCUCACAGUCACAGUGAGCUUUUUAAUUUUUAAUAACAAUUUUUAAUCUAAUAACACAAAUGCUAAUGGUGAUAGUCUUGUGCUGUGCUUUCAUGUCGUGCUUUCUUUCAUUUCCCUUUUCCCCCUUUCCUUUCUAGGGCUUUGCGUUGGCCUUCAUGGCCUUCAUGCAUACACAAAAGCCUCUCCAAUGGGCCUGAAUACUAGUGGCAGCUUGGCUCCGCAUCUCUCUUUCUCUUUCCUGUUGUUCCCUCUGCUUUUGAGGCUUCUGUCGCUCCUCCAUAAUCUGGGAGUACUCCAUGUCCAUAAAUGCAGAAUGUUUCUCCAGUUCUCCCAGCUCUGUCAUAUCUGCUUCAUAUACAUGUAUCAUUUCCUCCAACUCUGUCUAUCCACACAUAUAAACAUACAGAAUCAAAUGCACAUAUGCAUAAAGACAACAUAUAUAGUACAUUUUUAAAAUACAAUCACAGUAAAAGUGACACACACACACACACACACACACAUAUAUAUAAAAUAAUAUUAUAUUUAUGUAAUUAAAUCAUGAAAUCAUGGCUGUGAAAUAGUGUAGGCAUGAUAUCAUGACUUAAGUAAAUAAAUAAAAAAUGUAAUUUAUUCCUGUGAUCCAAAGUUAAAUUUUCAGCAGCCAUUACUCUAAUCUUCAAUGUCACAUGAUCUUUAAGAAAUCAUUGUAAUAUUUGGU